AUUCAGCCCCCCCGUGCCCGUUGACGUUUCCGCCCGCACCGCAGGCGGCCCCCAACCCAAUUCGAAACCCUCCCUGGCUCUGGCUCCCUCCCCGUCCUCCCUUCCUUGGUCCUUGCCUAGGCGGCAACGCCCCCGUCCUUUAUAACGGAGUGCCCCUCCCGCGUGAGGGACCGAGACGAGACGAGCGGGGACCAGGCCAGACCAGCCGAGCCGAACCCUUCCUCGUCCGGUUUCGCGUGGUGGGGGCAGGAGAUGGAGGCGGAGAAGAAGCCGCCGGCGGUGUCCGACGUGGGCGCAUGGGCGAUGAACGUCGUCAGCUCCGUCGGCAUCAUCAUGGCCAACAAGCAGCUCAUGUCAUCCUCCGGCUACGCCUUCGCCUUCGCCACCACGCUGACCGGGUUCCACUUCACGGUCACGGCGCUGGUCGGGUGGAUCUCCAACGCCACCGGCUACUCCGUCUCCAAGCACGUCCCGCUCUGGGAGCUCGUCUGGUUCUCGCUCGUCGCCAACACCUCCAUCACCGGGAUGAACCUCAGCCUCAUGCUCAACUCGGUCGGGUUCUAUCAGAUCUCCAAAUUGAGCAUGAUUCCGGUGGUUUGCUUCAUGGAAUGGAUUCUGAACAGCAAGCACUACACCACCAAGGUCAUAUCGGCGGUGGUCGUUGUGGCGGCGGGUGUCGGGAUUUGCACGGUCACGGAUGUGGAGGUUAAUGCCAAGGGAUUCAUCUGUGCUUGCGUGGCUGUCUUCUGCACGUCACUUCAACAGAUUACAAUUGGCUCCUUCCAGAAGAAGUACAACAUUGGGUCAUUUGAGCUGCUGAGCAAAACUGCACCUAUUCAGGCACUUUCACUAAUCAUAUUGGGCCCCUUUGUGGAUUACUACCUUAAUGGACGAUCUUUGUUGGAGUACAAUUUUUCAGGAGGGGCAACUUUCUUCAUACUGCUCUCCUGCUCCUUGGCCGUCUUCUGCAACAUGAGCCAAUACCUCUGCAUCGGCCGGUUCUCGGCGACCUCUUUCCAGGUCCUGGGACACAUGAAGACCGUGUGUGUGCUGACCCUCGGCUGGAUCCUGUUCGACUCGGCCCUCACCGUGAAGAACAUCCUCGGGAUGCUGCUCGCCGUGAUGGGCAUGGUGGUCUACAGCUGGGCCGUGGAGGCCGAGAAGAAGGCGGCCGCCCCGAUCCCGCGGAACAAGAGCGACAUGCUGGACGGCGAGGACGUGCCCCUCAAGGCCCGGGUGAGCGGCCUCCCCCCGGUCGACCUCGAGGAAGGCGAGAUGAAGAGCUAGCUGCUGCUGCUGAUUCGUUCAUUCUUCUUGUUCUUUUUUUUUUUUUGGGUAAUUGUACGUGCUCGCUCGAUCCACACUUCUUGCUCGGGAGUUGCUGGAGCUACCUAUACUUGGAUGUUAAUUCUGCUUCUGGUUGGUGGGGGAGUCCUAGUCCAUCAUAGGUGACGACUGCCCCGGGCAGGCGGGUAAGACGUAGAUGAUGGAAGCUUAUUAGAGAUUUGCCCUGUCACGGGUGGAGGUGGAGACAUGUCGAUUUCGUGAUGGCGUGUUGUUAUAGAUGACAAGAAGACUUACAUAAUGUGAUACGGGUGUUUCUCCGUGGUA